ACGUCACGUCCGCACUUGAACUUGCAGCGCAGGGGGCUUCACCAUACCCCCAUCACUCUCUCUUUGCAAAAAAAAAAGUCAUGAAGAGCUCCGCACAGCCCGCACCGCACUACGCCUCACCCCGUGUAUGAUCAGCAGCUCGUUGCUUUUUUUCCUUGUUGGAUGUCAGACGCAUCAAUGAAGAUAUUUCAUUUGGAGUUUACCUUGUAGGAACGGAUUUCCCAAUGUGAACUCAGCUGAAAAUCCGUCACUAAACCAACAUGUCUCGCCGCAAGCAGGGCAAACCCCAGCACUUGAGCAAACGGGAGUUUUCGCCUGAGCCGCUGUCAGGUGUUUUACCAGAAGAAGACUCUCAGGACUCCCCCAGCCUGAGAGUGGCUCAGGGUGAGCCCCUAAAAGGGGACCAGGACCUGCUGACCUGCGGCCAGUGCCACUCUCGCUUCCCCCUGGCUGACAUCCUGCUUUUCAUUGAACAUAAACGGAGGCAGUGCCACGGUAGCCUCUGUGUGGAGAAACCUCUGGACAGGCCACCAUCCUCCCCGCUCGCUUCUCCUCUUUCCACAUCCUCAUCGCACUCGCGGACCCAACAUCAGCACCCAAGGAAGGUGCGUCAACCUGUCGAGGUGGCUGUUCAGGUGUCGCCACAGGAUGAGGAUUGUUUAUCUGCGCCGUUGCAAGGAAUAAUCCCUAAGCAGGAGAAUAUCACAGAUAAAGAUGAGCCCAGCAGUUACACCUGCACCACAUGCAAACAGCCUUUCACCAGUGCCUGGUUCCUGCUCCAGCAUGCCCAGAACACCCAUGGCUUCCGCAUUUACCUGGAGAGUGAGCCUGGCAGCCCCCUCACCCCUCGUGUGGCUGCAGCUCCUGGAAUGGGGGGUGACUGUAACUCCUCCCAGCCCCCUCUUCAUGCUGUCCACUUGGCUGAUGGCAGUCCUUACAGCCUCCUAAGAAUGCCGGGUUCUGGGUCUGGUCGGGAUUCAGCGUCUACACCUCGUGAGGGCCGCUAUCCCCGAACACCACCGCUAUUUAGCCCACCACCUCGGCAUCACCUCAGCCCUGAUGACUUAGCCUUGGCAACACACCAUCCCAGUGCUUUUGAUAGGGUGAUGAGGCUGAACUCUGUGCCAUUAGAAGCCCCUCAGAGCAUGGACUUCUCUAGACGUCUACGUGAGCUGGCUGGCAAUGCCACUGGAGGUUCGCCGCCUCUUUCCCCUAAUAGACCCAACCCUAUGCAACGGCUGCUACAGCCAUUCCAGCCAGGUUCUAAGCCCCCAUUUUCAGCUACACCUCCCCUCUCCACCUCUCAGUCACCUUCUGGCUCACGUUCCACCCCUAAUCCUGUAUCAAAUGCAGUCCAAUCGAGCACCCCUCUCAAGGCAAAAUCUUGUGAGUUCUGUGGGAAGACCUUCAAGUUCCAGAGCAACCUUAUCGUUCACCGGCGUAGCCACACAGGGGAAAAGCCAUUUAAGUGUCACCUCUGUAACCAUGCCUGCACACAGGCUAGCAAACUAAAACGUCACAUGAAGACUCACUGUCAGACCAAGUCUUCAGUACUUAAUGCCAAGUCAGAUGAUGGCCUUUCGACUGCUAGCUCCCCUGAACCUGGCACGAGUGACCUGAUGGGCAGUGCCACAGAUGCACUCAAGUCAGUGGUGGCAAAGUUCAAAAGUGAGAACAAUGGUCUUAUGCCUGAAAAUGGAGAGGAGGAGGAGGAAGAUGAGGAUGAUGAGGAAGAGGAAGAAGAAGAGGAAGAUGAGGAGGAAGAAGAAGAGGAGGAGGGGGAGGAGGAGGAAAUUGAGAGAAAGCCUGGAGAAGAAGAAGAGGGAAGAAAUGACUAUCGUUUUAGCUUGAGGCUAGAAGGGGCCCGACACCACCAGAACAGUGAGGCCCUACACCCACACCGCCGGAGCUUAUCCAGGGAGCCUGAUGAUGAAGACUCCUCAGUCAUGGAGUCAGACCGGGCAGAUGAUGGAACCAGUACUACCAUCAAUGGCUUGAGACCUCUAUCUAAUGACAGCCUGUCCAGGAAGCUAUUGGGUGGAGGGGUCAGUCCUGGUUCCCUCAGUCCCCUGUCCAAGCGCAUCAAGGUAGAGAAAGACCUUGAUCCCCCCACACCCACAAUCCCAAACACAGAGAACGUCUACUCUCAAUGGCUAGCUGGCUACGCUGCCUCCCGGCAGCUCAAGGACCCUUUCAUUAGCUUCACAGGUGGGGACUCCAGACAAUCACCCUUUGCGUCUUCAUCUGAGCACUCUUCAGAAAAUGGCAGCUUGCGCUUCUCUACUCCACCCGGUGAACUGGAUGGGGAACGCGCCGCGUCAGUACGGAGCGGCACCGGCAGUGGGGCCAGCACUCCCCACGGUGGCAGCGGCAAUGGCAGGCCGAGCUCAAAGGAUGGUCGCCGCAGUGACACCUGUGAAUUUUGCGGCAAGGUAUUUAAGAACUGCAGCAACUUGACAGUGCACCGACGCAGUCACACUGGAGAGCGGCCCUACAAAUGCGAGCUGUGCAGCUAUGCGUGUGCACAGAGCUCAAAGCUCACCCGUCACAUGAAGACCCAUGGACAGAUGGGCAAGGACGUGUACAAAUGUGAAAUCUGCCACAUGCCUUUCAGUGUAUACAGCACUCUGGAGAAACACAUGAAAAAGUGGCACAGCGACCGCCCUCUGGCUAAUGACAUUAAGACUGAGUAGGUAAAGAGCAGCAUGCUGGUUGCUCUCUCUCAGCUCCCCUGGCUAAAAAGCAACCCUGGCUAACUAGCCGAUAAGUGAGGGGAAAGGACAACAGGGUUAGACACCAGUACACAGUACAGCCCUGUUCUCAUCCCGACUGGAAGAAGCUAGAUGCAUGAUCCAUUACUGGGGCAAUACUAUUGCAUCACACUUAAAACUUUUUGAGCCUUUCUAUUGUGCAAUAAUUUACACGUUUUGUAUUUUUUGUAACUGGACAGCAUGCUCUGUGUGUUUUGGCUACCUAGAGAGAAAAUUGUCCGCAGCUGGUGGGUUUGGUUGUACAUGUGUUGCUGUUGAUACUUUUGAUUUCUUCAACAUAAAAAAUGAGUUAUGAAAACCCAUGCUGCAUACAGUACAUACUGUUUUACAUAUCAUGUACAGUUUUGAGUUCAAACAUAGUGGGCAGUGUCAUAUACUCAAAACAUCAAGACAAGCAGGGUCACACUUAAAAAAUGAUCUUUGUGAAAGAUUUU